GUCAAUUGGCGUAUGAAGAAGAUUUAAGCCGUUUGCAAACUUUCUUUGUGCCACAACCUUAAACUACAAACUUUCUGGAAGCGAGGGAGUAUCUGAUGAAAUGUAGUUGAUCCCUCAACCUUGGAAAGUGUCUUACCAUGUCUCAAUGAAAGGAAACAUUAUAUAUUCCAUGAUGAAUGGAGUAAUAUGAAUCAUGGUCCUCAACAAAACGUUAUAUAUUAGCUGUAGUGAGUAUUAGACAACAGGGUCAGACAGAGCCAGGUGUGUUGGAAGUUUUUGAUUUUGAGAACAUCGAUGAUUAUUUUAUUUCCAUCCUCAACUCCAACAAAACCAGAAUGCAUAGCAUGCGUUCUUAUUUGUUCCAAACUACGUCUAAGAUCGUUUCCCUAGCACGUUCAGGGUACCGGUCAUCUCUUCCUGUCGCUAAUUCGCUCAUUGAUAUGUAUGGCAAGUGUUUGAAGCCUCAUGAUGCGAGAAAAGUGUUUGAUGAGAUGGCUGAUAGUAAUGAAGUGACGUGGUGUUCACUUCUGUUUGCUUAUGCUAACUCUUCUUUGUUUGGCAUGGCUCUUGAAGUGUUUCGCAGCAUGCCUGAAAGGGUUGAAAUUGCUUGGAAUACAAUGAUUGCGGGCCAUGCUCGUCGUGGUGAAGUUGAAGCGUGCUUGGGUUUGUUCAAAGAGAUGUGUGAGAGUCUGUAUCAGCCAGACCAGUGGACUUUCAGUGCUCUCAUGAAUGCUUGCACCGAGUCAAGGGAUAUGUUGUACGGAUGCAUGGUGCAUGGUUUUGUGAUUAAAUCUGGUUGGAGCUCUGCUAUGGAGGUAAAGAACUCCAUUUUAAGCUUCUAUGCCAAAUUAGAAUGUCCUAGUGAUGCAAUGGAGAUGUUUAACUCCUUUGGUGCUUUCAAUCAAGUGUCUUGGAAUGCCAUCAUUGAUGCCCACAUGAAAUUGGGGGAUACCCAGAAAGCCUUUCUUGCUUUCCAGCAAGCCCCUGACAAAAAUAUAGUUUCUUGGACUUCUAUGAUUGUAGGGUACACGAGAAACGGGAAUGGAGAGCUAGCUCUAAGCAUGUUUUUAGACAUGACAAGAAAUUCUAUCCAACUUGAUAAUUUAGUAGCUGGAGCAGUCCUUCAUGCUUGUGCUAGCUUAGCAAUACUAGCUCAUGGGAAAAUGGUCCACAGUUGCAUAAUACGUCGCGGUUUAGACAAAUACUUAUUUGUUGGCAAUAGCUUGGUUAAUAUGUAUGCUAAAUGUGGAGAUUUGGAAGGUUCAGCGCUUGCAUUUUGCGGCAUUCUUGAGAAGGACCUGGUUUCUUGGAAUUCAAUGUUGUUUGCAUUUGGACUGCAUGGGCGAGCCAAUGAAGCUAUGUGCCUGUUCAGAGAAAUGGUUGCAUCUGGUGUAAAACCUGAUGAAGUUACCUUCACAGGGAUGCUAAUGACUUGCAGCCACUUGGGGCUUAUAGAUGAGGGCUUUGCAUUCUUUCGAUCAAUGAGUUCAGAGUUUGGACUUUCCCAUGGAAUGGAUCAUGUGGCAUGCAUGGUGGAUAUGCUUGGUCGAGGCGGGUAUGUGGCAGAAGCACAAAGUUUAGCUAAGAAGUAUUCUAAAACAAGUGGAGCUAGGACCAAUUCAUAUGAGGUUCUGCUUGGAGCAUGUCACGCACAUGGAGAUUUAGGAACUGGGAGCUCUGUGGGAGAAUAUCUGAAGACCUUAGAGCCUGAAAAAGAGGUUGGUUAUGUAAUGCUGUCAAAUCUGUAUUGUGCAAGUGGGCAGUGGAAGGAAGCAGAGAUAGUUCGAAAGGAAAUGCUGGAUCAAGGGGUGAAGAAAGUGCCUGGUAGUAGUUGGAUUGAGAUAAGAAAUGUGGUCACUGCUUUUGUAUCUGGAAAUAAUUCAUCUCCCUACAUGGCUGACAUAUCUAACAUAUUAUACUUCCUUGAAAUAGAAAUGAGACACACAGGGCCUAUUAAUUUUGAUAUUGAUGGAUCUUUAUAACUUGAUAAGCCAUAUUUUUUGGUCUACUAUGGUGCCAGGAAUUCCUAACAUCAUUUUAAAAGGUCUUUCAAACAAUGAAGCACAAACCAGGCAUAGCUUUGCUACGAAUGGAAGCAACUAUUUCUGUUAAUUAUGACAACAAUGAGCAUAAGAAAAAUCAGAAAUUGAUUGUGUUAUAGUCGGCUCAAACAACCACUUGUGGUCGAACUUCCUCCUUAGGCAUGGUUAA